AUGCCGCUAAAAAGUGGACUGUCAACUCAGCAGAAUACAUUUGUACGCAAAGUUCAGCUGAACCAGUCAUCUGUUCGGGCCAGCUUUCGGGUUGCUCAAUUGAUAGCAAGCAGCGGUAAACCUUUCACUAAUGGAGAGUUUAUCAAGAAAUGCAUGAACGCUGUCGCUGAGGAGGUGUGUCCCGAGAAGAAAGAUGUCUUUAAUGCCAGCACGGACGUGCAGGACACCACGCAGCUGCUCAUUUUUAUUUGUGGAGUUACUGCAAACUUUGAAAUGUGUGAGGAGCUGGCAGCCCUCCAAAGUCUCAAAGGGACUAUGACGGGGGAUGAUAUUUUCGGCAAAGUGUACCAAACCAUGGAAGGGUUGGACCUGGACUGGUUAAAGCUGGCCAGCAUCACAACUGAUGGGGCUCCUAGUAUGGUGGGCAUAUCUCGGGGAGAUGGAAGAACGGGGUCUCACCGCCCCGCUACAAGUCCACUGCCUAAUUCACCAGCAAGCACUGUGCUGCAAAGUGUUGAUGUGGGAUUCUGCUUCAUCAGAGCAAAGGGACUUAAACACAGGCAGUCCCAAGAAUUCCUGUCUGAACUGGAAUCUGUGCACGGAGAUGUGCUGUACUACAGAGAGGUCCAAUGGUUGAGCCGGGGCAGAGUUUUGAGGCGUUUUUACGAGCUGCUACCUGUAAUUAAUGCAUUUUUUCAUUCACAAAACAAAACGGUGCCAGAACUGAUCAACCCAGAAUGGAAAUGGUACCUUGCAUUUUUAACAGACAUGACAGAAAUGCUGAACAGCUUUAACUUGCAGCUACAAGGCCAGGGGAAACUCAUUUGCGACAUGUAUUCCCACAUAAAAGCAUUUGAGGUGAAACUAGAGCUGCUUUUGGGACAAGUGAAAAGGCACAGCUUCAUCCAUCUCCCUGCUACACAAAACCUCUCUGCAGAGAACCCAGCAGUCCCGUUUCUAGCUGAAAAGUGUGUGGAAGCACUGGGAAUGCUGGAGGCGGAGUUCGGUGUGCAAUCCCGUGAUCUACAUGUUUAUGCAAAAGAAAUCCGUUUUUUCCAGAAUCCCUUUGUUGCCGACAUUGAUAAAGCCCAGCCUUCUUAUCAGUUUGAGUUGGCCGAGUUACAGAACUGUGAUGUUCUGAAAGACGCGUUCAAGCCCAACAGUCUCAUUGACUUCUAUGCUGCCCUCCCAAACGACACGUACCCUAACAUCAGAAAACACGCAGUGAAAAUGUCCACACUUUUUGGCAGCACAUAUAUCUGCGAGCAAACCUUUUCACGCAUGAAACUGCUGAAAACUCCAAUGAGAUCAAGAUUGACAGAUGAACAUCUGCAUCAGUGUUUGAGACUGGCAGUGACUAGAAUGGAACCUAACAUUCAACUCACCAGCCAGAUGCAGGCCCACAGUUCACACUAA